AACGCACCUUUCAGCGUACGACCAGGCUACUGCGGGAGGAAGGCGCAGCCGCUGUUGGGAGCCGCGAAGAAAGGAGGCGAGAAGACGGUGGGGAGUCGGGCUUUCCCCUCCCGUGGGGAGCUCUGGUCACCAUGGAGGACGGAAUCUAUGUGCCUCCAGACCUGACACCCGAGGAGAGGCUGGAGUUGGAGAACAUUCGCCGGCGGAAGCAGGAGCUGCUGGUGGAAAUCCAGCGGUUGCGAGAUGAGCUCAGUGAGGCCAUGAAUGAGGUGGAGGGGCUAGAGGCCAACGAAGGAAGUAAAACUCUCCAGAGGAACCGGAAGAUCGGGAUGGGCCGCAAGAAAUUCAACAUGGACCCUAAAAAAGGAAUCCAGUUCCUCGUGGAAAAUGAACUGCUGCGCUCCACGCCUGAGGACAUCGCUCGCUUCCUUUACAAAGGGGAAGGUCUCAACAAGACGGCUAUUGGCGACUAUUUGGGCGAGCGGGAGGAGUUCAACAUCGCUGUGCUCCAUGCCUUUGUCGACUUGCACGAAUUUACAGACCUCAACCUUGUUCAAGCUCUUAGACAAUUCCUGUGGAGCUUCCGGUUGCCAGGAGAAGCCCAGAAGAUUGACCGUAUGAUGGAGGCUUUCGCCCAGCGGUAUUGUCUGUGCAACCCUGGUGUCUUUCAAUCCACAGAUACCUGCUAUGUCCUCUCCUUCGCGGUGAUCAUGCUCAACACCAGCCUCCACAAUCCCAACGUCCGCGACAAGCCCACUGUCGAGAGGUUCAUCACCAUGAACCGUGGCAUCAACGACGGGGGGGACUUGCCUGAGGAACUGCUACGGAACCUCUACGACAGCAUCCGUAACGAGCCCUUCAAGAUCCCCGAGGAUGAUGGGAACGACUUGACACACACUUUCUUUAACCCCGACCGCGAGGGCUGGCUCCUCAAACUGGGAGGGCGCGUAAAAACCUGGAAGAGACGCUGGUUCAUCUUGACCGACAACUGCCUCUAUUACUUUGAGUACACUACCGACAAGGAACCGAGGGGAAUUAUCCCCCUGGAGAAUCUGAGCAUCCGGGAAGUGGAAGACCCGCGAAAACCGAACUGCUUUGAACUCUACAUUCCAAACAACAAAGGGCAGCUCAUCAAGGCCUGCAAGACGGAAGCCGACGGGCGUGUGGUUGAGGGGAAUCACAUGGUCUACCGCAUCUCUGCGCCCACCCAGGAAGAGAAGGACGAGUGGAUCAAAUCUAUCAAAGCUGCUGUGAGCGUCGACCCUUUCUACGAGAUGCUGGCCGCCCGUAAGAAACGGAUUUCUGUGAAACAGAAACAGGAGCAGGCGUGAGGUGGGGCUGCCCUGGCACCCCCCUUCCCCCGCCCCAAUGUACCUUCCUGCACUUCUCCCCUUCCUGGACCUACUGCCAAGCCCACCUGCCUGGAGCUCCAUGAGACCCACCCACCACCACCCUUCCCCGCCCCCUCACGGAUUGCCGGACUGCAGUGCAGCGGUGCCAUUCCAGUGGCUUGCCUGCACCCCGAUGCUCCCCUGUUUUCGCCUCCAGAGCGUCCUUUUAGCCUUUGGGGAUUUGCCUCUGACGUGGCCUUGGGAGCCGUGGGUUUGUGUAGAGAAAAGAGGAACCGUUCCCUGUUUAAGGUCAUCUUUGCAGGCUAUCGGUGGACUCGAGCAGAUGACUUGACAGACUCCUCCUCAACUCCGAGGGCUCCUCCUCGACUCCGAGGGCUCCUCCUCGACUCCGAGGGCUCCUCCUCGAUUCUGAGGGCUCUUCCUCGAUUCCGAGGGCUCCUCCUCGGCUCCGAGGGCUACAAACCCAGAGCCUGUGCAAGGAAUAUUUUCCACUGGACCAAACUUUUCCAUUCCACCCCCCACCCCCCGAGCCAGUUUACACAAUCAGCAAAAAAGCAUGUGGUAAAAGCAGUGCUGGGCUCGUAUCACAUCAGGACACAGAUCGGGGAUUUCCAAGUUUGAACGGCUCCUUCUACAUUACAGCAAAAAUCUCUAAAAUUAUCACGUCACGUAGAAAGCGAACUAAAGUCCUGACAAGCUGGCUGUCUGCAGCUGCAGAAGUUUUGAGCUGGAAGAGUAUAUCGCCAUCAUCGCUGUCGUUAAAUUUUGUUUACUAUCCCAGCUGCUAGUUGUUUAGAUGGUUGUCGGCCUGUCACUACAAUUGCAGCCCCACCCACAGGCCUAGAAUAGUAUUGGUGUCGUAUUUGUGCAGAUCCCAGCAGGGCUACCUUUUGAAUUAUUAUUAUUAUUAUUAUUAUUAUUAUUAUUAUUAUUAUUAUUAUUAUUAUUAUUAUUAUUAUUAUUAUUAUUAUAUUGAUACAAGAACAGUUUUUCACAG